UCGAUUCAACAAAGAACGAAUUAUGUCUGAUUUAAUGGACGCAGGAGAACUCUCUUGCACUGUUAACGUAGAAAGCCUUAACCCUAUCAAUGGUACUGUCACUAGAAGACGAGUCUACAAAAACGUGUCGGUAAUUUGUUGUAGAGACGAGUUUCGCGAUAUCAUCUUGAGAAUUUUGACAAAGAAUUCUCCUCUUGGCAAGACAUAUCGAUUGAGAGAGAUUACAAUCCAUAAACGUUUCCUACAAGAAGGGAAAGCAACGAUUAAACUGGUGACACAGAAUAUACAACUACUUUUAUCUAACUGUCCUCCCAGUAAACUUGCUUUAUUCUUAAAAUGUUUGUCUUCAAAACUUGCCCAGAAAAAAGAAUCUGGUUUCGCCAGUGAAAGAACAAGAAUGCGAAGUGAUUUACCACGGACGUUCGAGAACAUUAGCCCUCUUUCUGAGAAAGAUUUUAAUGUUUGUAAAAAAAGACCGUUUGGAGAUGUAAACCACAAUGGAUCUACUCCUAAACGCUGUAAACGAGAUGAAAAUACGACAGGAGGUCCUCGGAAGAGGCUUCAUUGCGUAUCUUCUACCUUACAAACUAAUCUCACUUCAGAACAGUCGGAGGUUAUAAAAGCAGUCCGCGCGUCUCGUAAUGUCUUCUUUACCGGUAGUGCAGGUACUGGGAAGACUUUUCUUCUUCGCAAACUUCUUGGUAUUUUACCGCCCGAAGGAACCUUCGUGACUGCAAGUACCGGUGCGGCUGCCUGUCAUAUAGGAGGAACAACUCUACAUGCAUUUGCAGGUAUUGGCAGUGGAAGUGCCACCAUUGAGCAGUGCAUUGAUUUGGCUUCUAGACCUGAGAGAUCACGUCAAUGGAAAAACUGUAAGCGCCUUAUCAUUGAUGAAAUAUCAAUGAUUGAUGGUGAUCUUUUUGACAAGCUAGAAGCAGUGGCACGCAGCGUAAGGAAUAAUGACAGACCUUUUGGUGGGAUACAGUUGAUACUCUCAGGAGACUUCUUACAGCUACCACCUGUCUGGAAGAAAGAAGGAAAUAAUAAAAAGUUUUGCUUCCAGGCAGAGAGUUGGCAAGACUGUAUCAGCAAUACUAUCGAACUGACAAGUGUGUUCCGACAAAAAGAUCCUAUGUUUGUAUCCAUUCUGCAGAACAUUAGAGUUGGAAGUUGUCCAGAAAAACUAGUUGCCAAGUUGGUAGAAACAAGAAACCAUACAAUAGAAAAAGAUGGCAUCUUAGCCAYAAAACUGUGUACUCACAAAGAAAAUGUUGAUCAAAUCAAUGAGAUCCACAUGUCUAAGAUCAGUGGUAAAGUGCACACAUUUGCAGCGUGUGACAGUGACCCAGGACAGGCACAUGUGCUGUCUAAACAACUUGCUGCACCUGACAAAAUAGAUCUUAAAGUUGGAGCACAGGUAAUGCUUGUUAAAAAUCUCAAUGUCAGUGAAGGUCUGGUGAAUGGUGCCAGGGGUGUGGUCAAGGGUUUUGAAAAAGGACAUUCUAGCAUUGGAAAUCCUAUCAUUAAGUUCACUUGUGGAGUAGAAAAGGCUAUAGCUGCUGAGAAAUGGGUCGUACAUCUCCCUGGAGGGGGAAUAGUCACCAGGCGUCAACUACCCCUCAAGCUUGCUUGGGCAGUGUCUAUUCACAAGAGCCAGGGUAUGACAUUAGACUGUGUUGAAAUGUCUUUAGCCAAUGUAUUUGAAUAUGGCCAGGCUUAUGUAGCCCUGUCACGUGCACGUAGUCUUCACAGCUUAAGGAUAUUGGACUUUGAUAAGAAAUGUGUAAGGGCACAUCCAGAAGUCUYGAGGUAUUAUGGACGACUACGUAAUGAACAAAAAAGUUUAAGCACAUUUCACAGACUGGGAAAAACAUAUGAUGAAAAGGAAAAUGUAUGCCCUUGAUUGCACCUAUAGUGCAGUCUUCUAUUUAUUGAGUUAGACAAGUAACAUAUAUUAUUUCACUUUCAAUUUGUUUGUAUAUUUUGUUUGACAAGUUAAUUGAUUUUUUAUUUCUUUGGACUUCAAUUUACUCCAACAUUGACAUGAAGAUCAUCUGUAUUAUCUGUAUUUAAGUGCUUAUGAAGUUAUAGUGAUUUUGAGCUGCCAGUAAAAGUUUUUAUUGGUGGCUUGUUGGAAGAAUAUAUUCCAUAUUGGCCACAUUUAGAGGACUCAAAAUCACAAUAAGUUUUGUAUUGCAAUAUUCUCCUAACAUCCAAAGGUAAUUCUGAGCUGACAAUACAGGUUUGGUGGCUCUCUUCUGCUCAAACUUAUAGGAAAAUAGCAAUACUGAAGUUUAAAAUUGAUUUAUAGAGUGGUUUUCACUAACCUGUGAAACAAAAUGUGUUAUUUAGAGAAUUUUAUGGGUUAAUUAUAAUAUAGUUGAAAGAAAGGCCAAAAAUAUUUAAUAUAAAGAUAUUUUAGUUUUAGAAUUUUGAGUACCAUAAUUUUAAAUAUCAAAUAAAAUAAUCCUACCCUAGAUGACUCUAUUUAAUAUAUAAUGUGAAAUUGUAAUACACAAUUGAAUGUUCUAGCAAUAAGCCUUUUUAUAGUUUAAGAA